AUGACAAAGUCCCUCACCAAGGUCGUGUACCAGCCCGACACUCAGUCGACAGACGAGUUUACUGUCAUUGUUAAUCCAACAGAGUACAAGAAAUGGAAAGCAGGAGACAGAACGAUCCCUCUAACCGAAGUAGUUGAUUCUUUCAAAGUGUUUUACUCCAAUCAAGGCGCGCAGGGCAUUCUGGGUACACCGUCAAAGCAACAACUGGAUACCGUCUUUAACACGACAAAAGAUGUUGACGUCGUGACGCAUAUCCUGGAGAAGGGGAAAGAUCAGGCUGGGAACGGCUUCACUUCUGGAAUGACGGGCACGAAUGUUGCACGUGGGAGCUUCGCCGUCGACAGCAAGGGAAAGGGACUGACGGGCAUAUAA